AGGCGUGCGGGGCAGGCGCGAGCGUUUCCGGGUCUCCGAGCGCCGCGGCGCCUUCUGGGACUUAGACUUCGCUGGUUGGAACCGUCGCCGGCAGCAGCCUUGGGUCCUAGUGUCACCAGCCGCGCCGGCUUCCCUUCCCCCAGGUCCACCCUGGAGGCUGCUUCACCUGCGCUGCAGCCCUAGCCUCUCCUCUGCAAGAAGGCCCCGUGGUCGGUCUUGGUCUUCCUGGGCCAUCUGGUCUGGAUAGAUAUGGCAACAGAAAUUUAAACAUGCCUCAUUCAUCUUAAAUUCAGGAUGGCUCGGAACAUGGAACCCCUGGCAAGGAAGAUCUUUAAAGGAGUUUUAGCAGCGGAAGUUGUGGGUGUUUUUGGAGCUUAUGUUUUGUUUAAAAAGAUGAACUCGAGCCAAGAUUUCAGACAAACAAUGAGCAAGACAUUUCCCUUUGUUUUGGAAGUUUAUUACAAAUCUGUUGAACAGUCUGGAAUAUAUGGAAUUAGAGAAAAAGAUCAAGAAAAAUGGUUGGAUAGCAAAAAUUAAGGCCAGUCAUCACGCUCAGCUUCCCACUUCAGCUGUUUGAAACCUUUGAGGGGAGAAAAAAGAUGAGUCUAUGUCUACUCCCACAGAACCUCCUUCCUGAGUGUAACUUUAACUUCAAGCCACAUGGCCUGUGAUUUCCCACCUACUGUGCAAAUCCACUGUUUGUUACUCUCUCCUGUUAUCUAAGAUGAGGGUUUUAUAAAUGAAAGAAUACAGAAAAUAUUGAAAAUAGUUUUCUUUUCUAUCAAGGAAUAAUUAAAAGAUCUUCAAGCACUUAAGAGUCAAAUAAAAUACACCAACUCUCCAAGAAAAACUGACUCUGUAGCUUGUGUGUGGUUUGAAUGCCAUUUAAAAAACUUGACUGACAAGUUCAAGGUCACCUGAUAGUGCACACCUGUAAUCCUACUGCUUGGGAGGUGGAGGAUCAAGAGCCUAAGACCGCCUGGCUAUAUAGCAAGUUUAAGGCAGCCUGGGCUACAUAAGACCCUACUAUAGAAAAGAAGAAGAAAGUCAGUUUACUUACUUGCAUUAUCUUUGUUAGCCAUGGCAUUCAUGCCAAUAUUAUCAAACUUGGAUCCCAUAUUUUCAUCCAACAGAUGGCCAAACUUGAAAAAAAAAGGAAGAGUGUGAAGGUUACUAGAAAACUUUUAAAGAAUGUAAACAGCUACUUUCUUAGGUUAGUACAUUAGCCUUACCUCCUCAGCAGACACAAACAGGCUGGAGUCACUGAAACUUUUCUUUUUUUUCUUUGAUCCUUAAAAAAAUCAUGUAUAGGUUAUUCAAAGUAUGUGCUUAUUUUUCAGAUUUGGUCACUGAUCAGUUUAUUCUUACAAGAAACAGUAUCACUGAGGAUUAAAAUUCCACAGCUGACAUGGAUAGCAUUUAUACUAUGUGAAGCAAAAUAAAAAUUGUAAUUCAGGUCUUAUUCUUUGGGCUUGAAAAACCUGACUAAAUGUAUUUAUUGCACUAUCAAUAAACUUUUGUUUAUGCUACUGAAAAUAAAAUGUCUAUGAAAAACUCA